AUGGUGGAAGGCCCAAAAUUUACUGGAAUCAUAGGAGGAAAUACCAACAACGAGAACAACUACUAUGAUUUCACACAAGGGUUUUAUCAAAAACUCGGUGAAGGUACCAACAUGUCUAUUGAGAGCUUACAAACAAGCAAUGCUGGUGGAUCUGUCUCAAUGUCGGUGGAUAAUAGUAGUGUGGGAUCCAGCGAUUCUUUAACUCACAUCUUAAGCCAUCCAGGUUUAAAACCUGUCAAUCACCACAACUACAGUGUCUCAAUGGGACAGAGUGUGUUUCGUCCAGGGAAGGUCACCCAUGCACUAAAUGAUGAUGCAUUAGCUCAAGCAUUGAUGGAUCCUAAGUACCCAACUGAGGGGCUGCAGAAUUAUGAUGAAUGGACAAUUGACUUGAGAAAACUCAAUAUGGGUACGGCCUUUGCCCAAGGUGCUUUUGGCAAGUUAUAUAGAGGCACGUAUAAUGGGGAGGAGGUAGCAAUUAAGAUACUAGAGAGGCCAGAGAAUAGCCCAGAGAAGGCACAAGUGAUGGAACAGCAGUUCCAACAGGAAGUUAUGAUGCUUGCAAAUUUAAAGCAUCCCAACAUCGUGCGGUUUAUCGGUGGCUGCCGUAAGCCCAUGGUUUGGUGUAUCGUGACCGAGUAUGCAAAGGGAGGGUCAGUUAGGCAGUUUCUGACAAGGAGGCAGAAUCGGGCAGUGCCAUUGAAAUUGGCGGUUAAGCAAGCGUUAGAUGUCGCGAGAGGAAUGGCAUAUGUUCACGGACUUGGAUUUAUACACCGGGAUUUGAAAUCAGAUAACCUUCUGAUUUCAGCUGAUAAAUCUAUAAAAAUUGCUGAUUUUGGUGUCGCACGGAUUGAGGUGCAGACUGAGGGGAUGACUCCAGAAACUGGGACAUACCGUUGGAUGGCUCCAGAGAUGAUUCAGCAUAGGCUGUAUACACAAAAGGUGGAUGUGUAUAGUUUUGGGAUUGUCCUUUGGGAGCUCAUAACAGGUUUGCUUCCCUUCCAGAACAUGACAGCAGUGCAGGCUGCAUUUGCUGUGGUGAACAAGGGAGUAAGGCCAGUUAUCCCAAAUGAUUGUCUGCCUGUGCUGAGCGACAUCAUGACCCGCUGCUGGGACACCAAUCCUGAAGUCCGUCCCCCUUCACUGAGAUCGUCAAUAUGCUUGAGAAUGCUGAAACCGAGAUCAUGA